AUGAGCCGAAGGGAAGCCCUGGUAGGGAACCCUGUGCCCACCGCUGCCCCUGAGGCUGGUGCCAAUAGCACAGAGGUGGCAGGGCCUGGAGCUAGUGAACCCAAGGAUGAGGCCUUCUCCAAGCUGAAAGACAAAUUCAUGAAUGAGCUCAACAAAAUCCCAUUGCCUUCAUGGGCCAUCAUAGCCAUUGCUUUUGUAGCCGUCAUACUAGUUGUAACAUGCUGCUUCUGCAUCUGCAAAAAGUGGAUAUUCAAGAAGAAGAACAAGAAAAAGGGCAAAGACAAGGGCAAGAAUGCAAUCAACAUGAAGGAUGUCAAAGAUGGUGCCAAAACCGAGGCUUUGAAGGAUGAGGAUGAUGCUGAGACAGGGCUGACCGAUGGAGAGAAAGAGGUGGAGCCCAAGGAGGAAGAGAAACUGGGCAAAUUACAGUACUCCUUGGAUUACAAUUUCACCGAGAAUACGCUUAUAGUGGGUAUCAUCCAGGCGGCAGAGCUGCCUGCGAUGGACAUGGGAGGUACUUCAGACCCCUAUGUCAAGGUCUACCUGCUUCCUGACAAGAAGAAGAAGUUUGAGACUAAGGUUCAUAGAAAGACGCUGAAUCCUGUUUUUAAUGAGCAGUUCACCUUCAAGGUCCCCUACACUGAACUAGGAGGUAAGACUCUAGUGAUGACGGUGUAUGACUUUGACCGCUUCUCCAAGCAUGAUGCCAUUGGAGAUGUGAAGGUGCCCAUGAACAAGGUAGAUUUCAGCCAUGUGACAGAGGAGUGGAGGGACCUCCAGAGUGCUGAGAAGGAGGAGCAAGAGAAACUGGGCGACAUCUGCUUCUCUCUGCGGUAUGUGCCCACCGCUGGCAAGCUGACUGUGGUUAUCUUGGAGGCCAAGAACCUGAAGAAGAUGGAUGUGGGUGGCUUGUCAGACCCCUAUGUGAAAAUCCAUCUGAUGCAGAAUGGAAAGAGGCUGAAGAAGAAGAAGACGACAAUCAAAAAGAACACCCUCAACCCUUACUACAACGAGUCCUUCAGCUUUGAAGUGCCAUUUGAACAAAUCCAGAAAGUUCAAAUUGUUGUAACUGUUCUGGACUAUGACAAGAUCGGCAAGAACGAUGCCAUCGGCAAGGUCUUUGUGGGCCUGAACAGCACAGGCACGGAGCUGCGCCACUGGUCGGAUAUGCUGGCCAACCCACGGAGACCCAUCGCCCAGUGGCAUGUCCUCAAACCUGAAGAGGAGGUGGAUGCCCAGCUGUCCGUUAAGAAAUAG